AUGUUCGCAAACCCCGAUGGCCGCAAGUCUGUCGACAGUCUGUCCCCGAUGACGCCGCACACGCACCGGUCCGACUUCCCAUUCCAUCGGCAGGGCUCCGCAACGGGCUUCCCACGGCAGCGGAGGGAGUCGGUCGCUAGCAGCAUCCACUCUAUCGGAGGAUCACUGGACACGGUGCCAGGAAGCUGGGCAAGUGCCGUGCUGGAAUCAGGGCAGAAUGCCAUCUCGACACUCCUCCAACCACCGAUUGUACGCACCGGCCUGCUCCCUCAUACCUCGGCCCCUGCCUCAAGCGCGCACAAGCCGCCGACGGCAAAAGACAUUCCUCCGGUCGCGCUGACCAAUAUACCCCAUGUCGAGGCCGCCGAGUUCGCACCCUACCUCACCCAGGUUGGAGCCCUGUAUGAGCAGUUACGGAGAGCGAAAGAGAACGACGAGGAGAGUACGGAUGGUUCUCAACGACGAGGCAGCAAGCCCGAGGACGUGGCAGACUUGCUAGAUGACGGGCAUCUCAAGCCAGGCCGAAGGCCAUCGUCGACAAGAAAGGCGUCCAUCUCGUCCAUCUCUUCGCUGUCUGCUUUGGAGAUGCCUGGUCCGCUGCGGAGAUCGAGUUCGAGCUUCAUAAGGAAGACAACACAAGGACCCCCACCACUGUCAACCAUCCCCAACGUCUAUUUUGAUGACGACUUCCACCUUGAGAACCCCCGCACAUUUGAUAUCGUCAGUGAGCGGUCCGAAGUGGUUCGGCCCACGCCGGGAAGCACCGAAGAGAAGCAGGCUGCCAAUGGGAGGGCGACUGCGCCGAGGAAGGCACUUGCUACCAACGCUAUUCUUCAAGAGAAGCUGUCAUGGUACAUGGACACGGUGGAAAUGCACCUGAUCUCAUCCAUCUCCACCGCAUCAUCCACCUUUUUUACAGCUCUUGGGUCCCUGAAAGAACUCCACACGGAAGCUGCCGAGUCAGUAGAAAAGAUCAGGGCCUUGAGAACAGAACUUGAGAACCUUGACGACGAGAUUGCGACACGUGGGCUGGACAUUGUACAGCGAAGGCGGAAACGUGAGAAUCUUCAACAAUUGCAUGACGCCAUCCUGCAGCUCCGAGCUAUCAUUGAGAAAGUGGCCGUUUGCGAGUCCUUGGUCGACGAAGGCGAACUGGAAAAGGCACUUGAUGAUGUCGACUCGCUAGAACGGCUUAUUGCUGGCGAAGUUGACGCGCCAGUGGUCUUAGGCCAGAAGACCCUUCAAAGACCUCGAGUCCGAGAUCUGAGAGGGGCGACAGCUCUGCAGGGUGUUAAUGAGGAUAUCGAGACGCUUCGUUUCCGGGUCGGCAAGGCAUAUGAGGCGAAACUUGUAACGGCCCUCAUGGCUGAUGUUCGUCGCCAUGUUGAUAAUGUGUCGUCUCGAGAAGUUCUCAUGCGCUGGAGCAGCGCGUCUUUGCGGGCCAGAGGGGGACACGCGCGAGAGCCGUCCACGUUCCCUUCGUAUCUGACGGCUACCGAUGAUCUCCGUUCCGAACUCACGCCUAUUUUGCACGGUUUACACAGGUCAAGGUAUCUCGGACAAGCUACUGUUUCUUAUCGAGAAUCUCUCUUGCGGGAAAUCCGAAACCUGAUCAAGCGGCCUCUCCCGAGCUCGAAUGACGACGAUAAUGAGUCAAUGAUGUCCUCGUCAACUACUGGCAGGGGGCAACGAAGCCAACAGGACAAAGGCUCCAUUCUUGCGAGAAACCUUAGGGCUCUUGAGCCCGAAGACGCCGAAGAGCUACUUGUCAAGGUGUACAUAGGUGUCACUGAAACGCUGCGACGACUCUCCACGCAGGCAAAAGUGUUGCUGGACGUCGCGAGCUCCAUUGGCGAGGACUCUGAACCAGAGGGCCUGAGGUCGCCGCAAAUUCGCUCCCCGCCUAUCAGCCCCGGAGGCCGGAGGAUGUCGAUAGCUGCGAUUGAGGCACAAGAAGAGUUGCACAAAGCUCUAGAUCUGUCCAACCUUGUCGGCCAGGCUGUCGACGUCGCACAGGACAGGGUUGUCCGCCUCCUGCGCGCACGAGCCGAGCAGAGCACUCAUCUGUCCUUGAUCUGGUUCCUUCGGUACUUCACGCUCAACCUUCAUUUUGCCAAUGAAUGCGAGGCCAUUUCCGGACGAAGCGGCACAACCCUCAAGAACGUUGUUAACGGCCACAUAAGGGGCUUCGUUCAACAGCAUGGUGACACUGAAAAGCAGAAGCUUGCGCAAGGCAUGGAGUCUGAUCAGUGGGACGCAAAGGACUUUGACGAGAAGCAUACCGAGCUGCUUGGCCGCGUCUUGAAGUCAAGCACCAAAGACGAUGAGACAUGGUCGGACGGCACAAAGGUUUGGAUACCGUAUUCGGAUGUGGACUCUGGCAACGACGAGAACGACGAGAAUGACGAGCCUGAUGACCCAGCCCAACCGAAUGGGACGGCCAAGGCCAAGGCACGUGGCGCGGUCAUCGAAGAAGAGACUUUCCUUCUUCCCAACUCGGCCAUCCUGUGUCUGGAUGGGCUGUCGCAGUUCUUGCGUUUGAUGGUCUCCAUGCCAUCCAUGACGCCAGACAUCUCCGUGUCGUUGAUAUCCUACCUGCAGCUCUUCAACUCUCGGUGUACGCAGCUCAUCCUCGGGGCGGGAGCCACCCGUUCAGCCGGGCUCAGAAACAUCACCACGAAACACCUGGCGCUUGCGUCGCAAGCACUUGGCUUCAUCGUUACGCUGGUCCCGCACAUUCGCGAACUGGCUCGGCGGCACGCCGGCGCCGGGCCGCCGGUCGCGAACUUGAUGGGCGAGUUUGAUAAGGUCAAGCGCGGUUACCAAGAGCACCAGAACAACAUCUACGACAAGCUGGUCGAGAUCAUGAGCGGCCGGGCCGUUGCGCACAGCAAGGCUAUGAAGACGAUCACUUGGGACAAGCCCGAACCAGCAGCGCACCCGUACAUGAACACGCUGGUCAAGGAGACGUCUAUGCUGCAGCGCAACUUGACCAAGACGCUCCCUGAGCACAGGGUGCUCAUGAUCAUGGUCCCCGUCUUCAACAGCUACAAGGAGCAAUUUGGCAAGGCGUUUCAGACUGCUGAAGUCGAUACCGAGGCUGGCCGACAAAGCAUGUUGCAGGACGUCGAUUUCUUUAUCUCCAAGCUGGGCAAAGUGGAUGGGUUCGGGGACACCGGCGACUAUCUCAAGACCAUCAUCAAUAGCAGGGAGAUCGUGGCUCCUGCUCCUGCUCCUGAUCCCGCUCCCGCUCCCGCUGCAAAGGAGUCUCCGGCGGCCUCGCCUGCUGGUUCCGCUAGGCCGUCCGGAGAGGGCGACCAGGCGCCGGCGGAGACUACAACUACUCCCGACGAGACCAAGGAGGAAGAGAAGGGGGAAGCUACGGAUACCCCCAAGGACGGCUGA